AUGUCCGGUUUUGAGGGGGGGAGAUCAUAUAGUGGACCCUAUCCCAAUUUUUCUUUUGCUAGGCCCAUAACGAAAAAACCUACUUUCUUACGAUUACGAGGUUCAUUUGAAUAUGAAAUUCAAUCCUGGAAAUACAGCAUCCCACUUUUUUUUACUACUCAAGGUUUCGAUAUAUUUAGAAAUCGAGAAAUUUCUACUGGGGCGGGUGCUAUCCGAGAACAAUUAGCCGAUUUAGAUUUGCGAAUUAUUAUAGAAAAUUCGUUGGUAGAAUGGAAACAAUUAGGAGAAGAAGGUCCCACGGGGAAUGAAUGGGAAGAUCGAAAAAUUGUAAGAAGAAAAGAUUUUUUAGUUAGACGUAUGGAAUUAGCUAAGCAUUUUAUUCGAACAAAUAUAGAACCGGAAUGGAUGAUUUUAUGUCUCUUACCGGUUCUGCCUCCCGAGUUGAGACCCAUCAUUCAGAUAGAAGGGGGUAAACUGAUGAGUUCAGAUAUUAAUGAACUCUAUAGAAGAGUUAUCUAUCGGAACAAUACUCUUACUGAUCUAUUAACAACAAGUAGAUCUACACCAGGGGAAUUAGUAAUGUGUCAGGAAAAAUUGGUACAAGAAGCCGUGGAUACACUUCUUGAUAAUGGAAUCCGUGGACAACCCAUGAGGGAUGGUCAUAAUAAGGUUUACAAGUCAUUUUCAGAUGUAAUUGAAGGAAAAGAGGGAAGAUUUCGCGAGACUCUGCUUGGCAAACGGGUCGAUUAUUCGGGGCGUUCGGUGAUUGUCGUUGGACCCUCACUUUCAUUACAUCGCUGUGGAUUGCCUCGCGAAAUAGCAAUAGAGCUCUUCCAGACAUUUGUAAUUCGUGGUCUAAUUAGACAACAUCUGGCUUCGAACAUAGGAGUUGCUAAGAGUCAAAUUCGUGAAAAAAAGCCGAUUGUCUGGGAAAUCCUUCAAGAAGUUAUGCAGGGGCAUCCCGUAUUACUGAAUAGAGCACCUACUCUACAUAGAUUAGGCAUACAGUCAUUCCAACCCAUUUUAGUGGAAGGACGCACUAUUUGUUUACAUCCAUUAGUUUGUAAGGGGUUCAAUGCAGACUUUGAUGGGGAUCAAAUGGCUGUUCAUGUGCCUUUAUCUUUAGAAGCUCAAGCAGAGGCUCGUUUACUUAUGUUUUCUCAUAUGAAUCUCUUAUCUCCAGCUAUUGGAGAUCCCAUUUCUGUACCGACUCAAGAUAUGCUGAUUGGACUCUAUGUAUUAACGAGCGGCACUCGUCGAGGUAUUUGUGCAAACAGAUAUAAUCCAUGUAAUCGAAAAAACUAUCAAAAUGAAAGAAUUUACGAAACAAACUAUAAGUAUAUGAAAGAACCCUUUUUUUGCAAUUCCUAUGAUGCAAUUGGAGCUUAUCGGCAGAAAAGAAUCAAUUUAGAUAGUCCUUUGUGGCUUCGGUGGCAAUUAGAUCAACGCGUUAUUGCUUCAAAAGAAGUUCCUAUCGAAGUUCACUAUGAAUCUUUUGGUAACUAUCAUGAGAUUUAUGCACACUAUCUGAUAGUAAGAAGUGUAAAAAAACAAACUUUUUGUAUAUAUAUUCGAACCACAGUUGGUCAUAUUUCUUUUUAUCGAGAAAUCGAGGAAGCUAUACAAGGUUUUUCUCAAGCUUGUUCAUAUGAUACCUAAUAAUAUGGUAUUCAUAAAAAAAGAAUUAUAGGACACCCGUGUGAAUUCGGACCUCUCCGAGUCAACUCGGACAUAGUUCCUGACCUAAAAAAUCAA